AUGAAAUAUAGUAAUAGGAAGAAUAUCAGAGUAAGAUAUCUGGUAGCUGCCGUCAUUCUAAGCACAUCCAUCUUCUGGAAAGAACACAGGCCUCAAUGUUCUCCACCUACGUUGCAUGACAGCGCAGGGCUGCAUAGAUGCAAUCCGAUCAUCGGUACACCACAGAAGAACUAUCUCGUUGAUCCUGAUGGCUUUGUCCAAGUUUUUCGAAGCACUCAGAUCCAACGAGCUUAUAAAAGUGGAACCAAAGCCAUUGUAUCGUCAGCGGGGGAGAAGUAUCUUCCUACGUUCAUCACCUUUCUGUGCUUCCUACGACGAACCGGUGCAAGACUGCCGGUAGCGCUCUUCAUGAAAAACUGGAUUGAGUACGAACCGUACAUAUGUGAGGCAGUUCUAUCUUCGCAAAAUGGGAAAUGCAUGGUCCUUUCCGAAGUGUUCACAGGCCGGAAUGGGGCGAAACCCGACCUUGAACAUUUUCAACUGAAAGCAUUUUCGAUACUAUUUUUUUCGUUUCAGGAUGCCAUCUGGAUGGAUUCAGACUGCUUUUUCCGUUAUGAUCCUACCAAUCUAUUGACCUCCAAGCCAUUCACAUCUGCAGGUCUUGUUACCUGGCCUGACUUUUGGUCUUACACAGUAUCGCCCACGUACUACAACAUCUCUCGUCAAGCCAUAAUCCCCACGACAACCCGACAGUCCACAAGGCCGCCAUGCACCCCAGGAGAGGGUGUUAAAGAUACAUUCGUGCUAGCUGCAUGUGCCCUUGGCGAGAAGUUCCAUACUGUCAGUGAAAAGGUAGUGGACUUAGGCCAUCCUGCACCUGAUGGGAGUGUGUUAGGGGCUGCCAUGCUGCACGCGGAUCCAAUAGAGGACUAUGCACUAACACGCCGGGGACGAUGGCGAAUGCGAGAUGAGUCUGUCGCUAAAGUGCCUCGUGGCUACUGGGUGCAUGCAUAUAGCCCAAAGUUCAAUGCUAGUGAGGACUUAUUUAGUGAAAAGACACAAGACAAGAAUAGUCACCCUGGUCGAGCGUAUACGUCCAAUGAGGAGACACUGAAACGGCUUGGGUUUGACGCAGAACGAGCUAUUUGGGAAGAGACUAAAACUGUUACAUGUACCUUGGAGCAUGCGUUUGAAUCGUGGAAGACGAAGACUGGGUUAUGUGAGACGGUUACUAAGCAUUGA